AUGAAGUGACAAGACAAAACAAGAGACGUGUGAAAGACAAGAAAAUACCUCCCAUCGUCUCUGAAGUUCCUUAUUUCAAACUGCUAAAUGUUUGUUAUCUUCCUUAUUGUGAGGAAUAUGUUCAUAUAAGGUCAUAGAAUCGAUCUGAGGGCGACUCCUGGUCGAGAUAUAACCAUCUUCUCUCCUUCUGACAUCGUUCACUGACUCGUCCGUCUGAAGAGAACUCAACAGCAACGUCUGACGACUUCUCCAACAAAGGAGAUGGCCGCCCGGAGCCGGAUCACGGUUCUGCUGCUGCUCUUCCUCCUGUCGACUGAACACAGUUUUGCUGUGACCGAGGACGAACUCACACCGCUGGUAGACGAACUCUUGAGCAAGUACGGUGUUAAUGGUAUGUUCAGUCUGGCCGUGAGUAUCCCGUGGAACCAGAACCAGAACCAGAACCAGAACGCUCAACAAAUCAUCCAGACAGUCCUCAGAAGUGACCCUGCUGACAACGUGAAGAACAAGAUCAACAGCCGUGGGGAGUACCUUGGCAUCAGGGUGGUUGCAGCCAAGAAUUUGCAUGCAGAGUUUAACGUUGUGAAAAAAUUGAAUCAGUUGUACACCAGUGUUGAAGCCAAUCCGAAUGAUUUGUUGCUUUUCUAUGUUUAUGCCUCCCCAUGUGUUGAACAAUGUACACAUGAAUUUCACUCGCAAAGCAUCCUUAGAGGGUUAAACGAAAUUCGGCUUUGGAAAAAUUAUGCAGUUGUGUUUUCUAAAGUAUUCAAGCCCAGCAGUGGUCACGAGAACCCAAAGAAGAAGCUCGUUAGAGCCCUUAAGGUACUUGCAACGUACAAGUUCAAGGGUGAUCUAGGUCCAAUUGGUCUACAAAACAUCUUCCGCUGUGACUCUGAAAAUAAUCAAAUGCAGUGCGUCAGCUGCUCAGAUGACCGUGGAGUGGCAGAUAGAUGUGUGUCAUACGAUCCGCCCUUUGCUAACACAAACACUCGUCCUCAGUCAGUUAGAGGUGGCUCCGCCUCACAGGGGGGUGCUCAGUCAGGUAGAGGUGGCUCCGCCUCACAGGGGGGUGCUCGGGCUAACAGGAAUUCAGGUAGAGGUCGGGGCAGCAAUGACCGCCUAGGGGACCGAGUAAGAAGGGACAUCAGUUAUAAUACAGGUGACAGCUCUCGUCUUAUCUCUGAGAGCAACCAGGGAGCUGAGGACGCCCCCUCAGUUGAUGAGAAGGGAAAUGAUGUUGCGACUGGUGAAGCUGCUUCAUCCACCACAGGUGAAAGUGUCUCUCUGUCACCAACGGGUUCUGAUGAAGGCAACGGAAGUGAUUUAAGGACGGCAGAGGACGUAUCGUCCCCACAAAUCGGCUCUGAUUCUGGAGAUGGAAAUGGAAAAGUGAGCAGAGGUAAAGGAAAAGUGAGCAAGGGCAAAGGAGGUAAAGGGAGAAGAGGGAAAGGAGGGAAAGGGAAGACUGAGUCUGAGUUUAACGCAACUAGCUUUGCUAACAUGAUCACGUGA